UGUUUUUUUUUUUCUGCACGGCUUUAUGUGUGCGAGAUUCGCCUUCAGCGGGUGAAGAUGUUGACGAGAUUACCACGACGGGUUUCUGUUACGACGACGACGACGAUGACGGACGGACGGAACACAUUUCGGGGCAGUACAGCGUAGCGUGCAGCAGGAGGAAUCGCAGUAACCUUAGAUCUGCCUCUUGUAAUCGGGCGUGUUCGGAUGAAAAGGACGGAUUUUUUCUCUGUUGAAAAUUUGCGAGUUGGCUUUGGACCGGAAGUGUUGUAGAAAGUGGAUUUUCAGUGGUUUGGAUGCGAAAGAAUGUUUUGAUUUGCUACGGUGUUACGGAUUUUUUCAGUGGAAGAGAGACAGCGAUUGAGCAACUUUUUUCUCGCAGAGGAAGUUGUUGGAAGGGGAGAAAACAAAGAAGAAGUGAAAGAAGGUUUAGCACGGCGGUGACGACGGAAUUUUUUCGAGUUGAUUGUGGUUCGAUCUGGUGCAGGCUACGUAAUGGACGAAGGAAAUGUGAAACAAGAACAAGACGUAGACCUGGGGGCCUCUGCUGCUGGCGAUGAAAAUGGCGGUGGUUCCGAUCAGGAAAUUGUGGUUGGAAUCGACGAGGACCAUAUCAAUUUUCUAACCAGUAUGGCGUCCGGUGGUGAUGAUUCACUGGAUGGUCCACCGGAAGUAGAUGGUGCUGAGGGAGCUCGAAGUGUCUAUCGGAAGCAUUUGGUUGAGGAGGAAGACGAAGAAGAUGAAGACGUGAUGGCUGCCGCAGAAUCGAUUUUAUCCAAAACGGCGGAACGAACGCAGCAGCAGGUUUAUCACUGCCAGUAUUGUAAUAAGGCCUUCACUUGGCUCAAGUCCCUUACGGUGCAUCUUCGCACGCACACCAACGUAAAACCGUACAAGUGCGAUCUCUGCGACAGGUCAUUUGUGCGGUCCGAUUAUCUCAAAUACCACAUAAUGAAAUCCCACGAAACGACGGAACAGGUUUUCACCUGCACUGCUUGUUCCGGGGUGUUCGCCACUAAUCGAGGUUUGCUUAGACACAUUCGCACCGAGCACGAUGGAAAUGCCGAUCGAAAAAUAUACUUCUCCGCAAAUAAUGAACAAUCGGACAGCGAAUCCCACGGCGAUGUCGAAGAAAGCAGGAAAUUUGCGUGCACCUAUUGUGACGAAUAUUACGAAUCCGCUGAUCCGCUCGUCAACCACAUGAAACGCCAUCUGGGCAUAAAGCCGUUCAAGUGUGACCUCUGCCCAAAGUCCUUCAUUCGGAUAGAUUUCCUGCAGUGUCACCGCUCCAACCACCUGAAAUCCCUCGAUUACAAACAAAACGGUUUCCCAGAGGAACCGGCGUCCAAACGACCACGAAUAAGCUUGAAAAAGUUGGAAGAUCUUGUCGGCCAGUCGAACGCUGCUUCGCGGGCAGCGUCUUCCGAUGACGACGAAGAUGACGAGGAAGAAGAAAACGAAAGAAGAAGAACAGCUGGAGUCAGUUUGUCCGAGCAGAGUGAAGAUGAGAUACCGCAGAACUUGCCCGAGGAAACCGAAGAGCAGAAGAGUAUGAUAGCGGCGCUGCUAACGGAGGUGAUCAAGACGGAGGGCAGCGACCGGUUGCAGUGCCCACGGUGCGAGAAAACAUUCAGACAGGAGACGGCCUUGAGGGUGCAUCUGCGGUUGCAUACAGGUAUAACACCGUUCAAGUGUCCGCUGUGCAGCCUGGCAUUUAUGCGACAGGAUUUCCUGAAGAACCAUCUAAAGAAGCACAUCGAGGACAACGGCGAAGAUCCUGGUGCCCCCGGGGCCAUCGAUACGUCCAACCUGUCGUUCAACACACCAGCCUUCGCCAGCACGGCAAGUACCUCUACAACGGCUCCCAUAUCACUACUGAAACCGCUCAGCGCGCGUCCCCAAUCCACUGGAAUCUCACUUCUCAAACCACCGGAAGAGCGCAAACCUGCGGACCAACUGGAGUACUGCAUCCGGACUGACGACGGAAAAUUCAUGUGCACGGCCUGCGAACGAGUAUUCUCCCAUCAGCAAACGGUACGGAUUCACUAUCGGAUACACACCAACGAGAAACCCUACAAAUGUCCCAGUUGUCCGGAAUCGUUCAUACGGUCGGAUUAUCUGGAACGGCACAUGAAGAUCCAUUGGAAGGAUGGAGUGCCUCCGAUGGCAAUCAUGCCACCGGUCGUAAUGAAAGGUUCCUUCUCCGGCAUUGGGAUGUCCGAUAGCAGCGACUCUACCAGUCCCCAGAAGCCAACGAUUGGCCGGGCUGGACUGACCCCAGAAAACUACCACUUCGUGGACGCUGGCGAUGGCCAGUAUGCAUGUAAGAUAUGUGAUCAAGUGUUCAGUCAUAGUGAUUCCCUGCGGAAGCAUGCCCUUACCCACACGGAGGAAAAGCCGUUCUUCUGUGACAUUUGCGAUCGGUCAUUCAACAGGGUGGACUACCUAAAGGAGCACUUCAAAUCGAAACGCCACCGGCAGGCACUAGCCGAGGUCAAUGGGGAAGUUCUGGAUGACGAUGACGACUCUACUACUGAUAUGAGCUACACCAGUAGAAUGGCGAAGACAAAGUCGCCCAUCAGCCCCAUGACGAAUGCCCUAGCGGAAAGAUUGGAAUUCCAGCGAACCGAUGAUGGACGGUACAAAUGCACUGAGUGCGACAAGACCUUCGUUACUGCUGUGACCUUGAAGAUGCACCUCCGGUUGCACACCGGCGAAAAACCUUACAAAUGCAAUUUAUGUGGCGCUGCAUUUAUCCGUUCGGAUUACCUGAAAACGCACGAAAAGAUCCACCGACAAGAUGCGUUCAUGAGGCAACGGCUGGUAACAGGCGAUGGCCACUUCUCGUCGGAGGAUGGAUCAAACGACGGUUCACUGAUGCAACAGGUGGAACCGACGGCCAGUUUUAAAGGGCUGUUGAACCUAAAGAACGAAGCGAACGUGGAUAUCGGAGGAACUGUGAUGCAAGAUGGCGAAGCCGAUGAUGAUGCGGAGGAACCCCAGCAAGGCGAAGACGAGGAGGAAGAGGAAGAUGAAGAGAGCGAGGAUGAACAGGUCAUUGAAGUGAUGGUGAAAGAAGAAUACUCCGAUGAUGAUGACGAAGAAGGUGAAAGGGAAGAGGACGGACAGGAAGGCGAAGAGGAACCAGGUGGCCCCGGUGAGAACGAAGACGGCGAAGAACACGAGAACAACAACGGCUACGAUCAUCAUGGGGAGAGCAUAUCGCGAGCGACUGGAGCAGCCAUGGGUAACGAAGCAUCGGAUUCCAAAUCGAAACAUCGAUGUCACAUUUGCAAGAAGGAGUUUGCGUGGCCCAAGUCGUUGAAAAUCCAUCUCCGAACGCAUACGGGAGAGCGGCCGUACGAGUGUGAAGUAUGUGGCAAAAGCUUUACCCGGUCGGAUAGUUUGAAGGCGCACAGGAACACCCACGGUGAUGUCCGCGUGCUGCAGUGUCACUUGUGUGAGGCGUCCUUUCUUAGCGAUGGCGGGCUAAUACGACACCAACAGGAAGAACAUGGCAUAGAACCUUUGGAUGGUUAUUGAAUCGGUUGUGCUUAAUGAUCCGUCGAAAUACUUUUUAUCACUCCACACUACACUGUCAAAAAUUGAGACAAUAUGUUUGUAGGUUUUGGCGUUGAAUCCACUUCUGAAGGAUUGUCAAUGUCCACCUAGAAUGGGGUUUGAUCACUUGCACUCACACUGAAUUACAAGCACAUGUAUAAAUUGAGUAAUCGUUUUUAAUGAGGAUGUGUAUUGUAACAUACAAAACUUAAGUUUAUUGAAUUUGUACGGUUUUAAAGUUCGCGUAGUGUCACUACAAACAAUUUCCAUGCCAUCGUGAGCUAGAAUACGAAUCAUGCAACAUAAAACACAUGCUGUGCUUUGAAACCGUCUUAUUGAUUGUUGUUUUUUUUUGUUAUUAAAAGGGAGACUGAACAGAGCACCUGGCAAUAUUCCUUUUGUCGUUUUUCUUUCUUUUAGAUUUUAAUGUAACUUGUGUUCAACACAACAAAAUGGAUAGCAAACGCGAGUGCUGCAUUAGAUUUUAAUGUACAAUUUAAAGUUAUCAAGAGUACACACUAAUCGCAAGAUGUUAGUUAUUUUUUCACAUGAACUAUGUAUAUUUGUAUCGAUUGUAUAAAGGUAUCCUGUUCAACAAAGUGAUUGAAUCUACUUAUCUCAA